GCGAAAGAAAAGCGCACAAAAGUAGCUGUUGGGGAAAAUUCAUGCCGCGACGAACUAGUUCAACCGAGGCACAUAUAGGUUCUGCAUCUCAAUAUGCAUCACAUGCCGACAAGAAUUCGCUUUCGCAACGUCCUGGUUGGAAUAAUAGUUAUUCUUGGGCUACCAUCGGGUCCAGAAGCCUUCAAUACUAUAUCUAGUCAUGUUGUGUUAUCAAGAAUAAGAGUGACUCCAGCCACAACCACAACUUCAAAGACAAAGGGAAAGAUCAGUCAUGCAAAAAUUAUAACGGCUGCUUUUGCUGACAAAAACAAUAAUUGGGAGAUGAACCGUCGGAGUGACGACUACAAUGUCAUCGAGAAAAUAGCAUUGAGACCGACUCGAUUGUCCUUGCUGGCAAUCACUUUUUUGCUUGCAUUCAGAAAGUUUCUCACAGUUUCUGGCUUCCAUGCGCGAUUGGGACAAUCUCUUGUGACACUCAAAAAAGUGUGGACCCCGGGAAUUGCUGUUACUCUUUUCCGACUGGUAAAGCAGUAUUCUAGCUCCUUGUCCGCACGAUAUAUGGACUUGUUAGCUUGCUCUCCGCUGUGGACAAAAACCGUGACUACCUCGGUGCUAGCGGUUGCGGGCGAUUCGAUCGCCCAGUAUAUUGAGACUCACAAGUUCAGCCCGUCGGUUGUGGAAGGAGACGAAGGCUUCGGCAAAACCAAGGAUGUUGCAGUUUCGGCGUUUUCCGUAGGAUCCCCAUUCUCCUGGUUGAAAGACUAUGAUAGACGGAGGGGAAUUUCGAUUCUAGGAGAAAACAUGCUGAUAUCGGGGCCACUUCUGCACUUUUCCUACAACUUCAUGGAACAGUUGAUUCCCACCAAUGGAGGUGGAAAGUCGGCCUUUCUUGCUGCUUUGUCACAUUCCCUUAUAGACAAUUUUAUCCUCGACACAAUAUUCCUGGCCAUCAUGUUUGUCACCACUGGGAUUGCGGAAGGUUACGUUCAAGAAAUAAUACCACAGUUCAAGAAGGAUUUUUUUCCGACGUUACGGACGGGUUGGAUAGCGGGAAUAUGUUUGCUUCCGGUCCAGUUCCUAAUAUUUCGUUUCCUUCCGCUCAGUCUUCGGGUGUUAGGUGUGAACAUUAUCGACAUGUUUUGGGGUGCAUAUGUCAGCUACAUGGUCCACAGAAGGCGGCAGAAACCACAGCAGUGAGUAAAUGAGAGAAUUCCAAUGCCAUCAUGAAGGGCCACCGAUUUAGAUGAGUAGUUUCGUAAUCAUAAUCACACUUCUUUUGGUACUAUUCUGUUUUUGCAGCAAACGCAACAGACGGCCAAAUAUCAACUAAUAAUCACCAACAAAAAAGGAGAGAGAUAUCUGUAAUUUAUUUACGUUUCGACUAUGAAUCAAUCUCUGUUGAGAGGCCGGUUUGGUUCAUCGAACAUAUCCAGCUGCUACGACUUUAUAUCAAUAACCCCGUCAGUAUUAGCAUCUAUUCCCAUUUCAAUCCUCUCGUUGGAUUUCAAUUUCCCCCUUUCGAAAGCAACGGAUUCAUUCGCGUCUCCAUUCUUUCCUGCCAUUUUAUUGCUAGUGUCCACCGUCUGAAAGUCAGAAGAGCUUGAGUCCUCGGCGAUCAUCUGAGGUGAUGGUGUGUCAGAGAAAUCUCCCGGUGCUAAAGUAGAAUCAAAACCUAUUGACACCUCCCCGUGUGAUCUCGAUCUGUCUCUGCUAACUGAAUCGAUUGAGACAUUUUUCGAUCCUGAUUUUCUUCUGCGUCGAUAGGGGCCUAAAUCAGCACUACCGUCCACUCCCGAUCUCUUAUCAUGCACGUUCGGCAUCGAAGACCUCAUGGACGAUCUCAUUGCUCUUUUCACUGUUGAUGUAGUGUCUUCCCCGAUGUAAAUUCGGCGCAUCUUUGGCAUAAAAAUCAAUGCCAGGA